UCCUCUUCCUGCAGUUCUGCCGGGUUUUGCUGCCUGUGCUUGGAAGCUCUGUUGUUGGGUGCGUGCGCGUGUGCGCGUCGUGUGCCCCCGGGAAGGGACCUUCUGAGAGCGAAGUCCCUUUUCAUCCCGGGUGGGCCUCUGCUCUGGGCUCCAUGGUCUGACACUACCCGGCAGCUCCAGCUUUCUUUUGCCUAAUGUUUGGCAUCGCUGGGCGAGAACUGCAGGGGGUGGUCAGGACAUAGCCACCUUCGUCCUCAGCCACCCCGAGGUCAGCAGCGGGCCCUCGGAUCAUUCUGGGAGGCUUCAGGGCCUUAGCGUUCAGCAGUUUCCAUUUUAAUCUUCGAGAACAGUAGACUAGCCCGCUACACCCAUGGUAGAAGCUUCCUUCAGUAAAUAAAUCCAUUCCGUGAAAAAGCCAGCGUGGUCAGCACCCAGGACACGGUGCUGACCGUGAGGGAAGGCGGCUUCGCCGGGGGCUGGGGCCGCGGAAGCCGGGGCUCGCGAGCGGGCCCUCGUCGGCAUGGAGGAUGGCUCUGUGGUUUCCCCUCCUGAGUGUGUGGGGAGGCAGACCACGGUGCGAACUCUCCCAGAGGUUAUCUGCUACGGGCCAUGUGUGCAGCUUUCAAAACAAAAGCGGGCCUGCCGGCGGGUGGAGCCAGCCACACCUGAGCGGGCCGGCCCCCCGGGGAAGGCGGGCGUCCUGGCAUCCUGGAGCCCUGAGGAGCGCGGCCCCCCUGCCCCGAGGCCGGAGGGCGGCCAGGGCCGACUCAGCGCUGCGGCCCCUCAGCCCGGCGGACGGAGCUCGGCCCAGCCCUGCCCGAGGUGCGCUGCGGGGGAGUCUGGACACUUCAGCCACACCGAGGCUCUCUAGAAGCCGCGUGCUGGGAAACGAAGCCGCAGCUGUGGUCUGGAACCCUCCCGGCGACGACAGUGGCUCCUGACGGCGGCCGCUGCCCAGCUGUCCGGUGGCGGCAACCAGCGCGCAGGUCGUCCCGUCCUCGGCCAGACCCAGCGGGAGCCUGGCGCUUUGGGACGCCGCCGCUGCCCUCGCCACCUGCGCAGCGGCUCGCUCGGGGCGGUCAGCGCGUGCCCUGAGGAGGACGCCCGGGCCGCGCCCGCCUGUCCCUCGGUCCACUCCAGACCCCGCGCAGCUGCUCCGGGGUGAGCCAGGGCUGCCUGCAUCCUCUUUUCAAUCAAAAGAAUAUUUUUAUAUUGAAAAUGCUCUAUCAUCUUACGCUGAAUUUUGCUAAGUGCCGUGUUCAGUCUGUCCCGGGCCUGUACGGACCCUUUUCUGUUAAAAUGGAAAUUCUCACUCUGUGUGGUCGCUGUGCAUCUGCCUGUGGCCGGCUCUGAGCGCUGCUGCCACGCCCGGGCACCUCGUGGGCAAGCCCGACCCGUCGCCCACGGAGCUUUGCUCAGGGCCCCCCGGGCUGGGUCCCCUGACCGCCGCCGUGCUCGGCGUCCUGGGAGCCGGCGUUCAGGUCCGUCAGCGCGGGGGGCGUCGAGGGUGUGCAGCGGCUAGUGCUUGCUUUCUCCGAGAUGGGGUGCGCACCUUCAUUUUCCCAAGAAAUGAAAAUUCCUCACCCCACGAGUCUGUGCUCUCUCCCCCGUCCACGCGGGGGGCAGGUGUUCUGUCGCCGGGUCUCGCUGCGGGCCCAGCUGCUGCCCGCCGCUCGGGAGCUUGCCU